CAGCAAGGACUGAAAUACUGUGUCCGGUGUGGGGUAGGCCGGUUGGUGGCGGCUGCUGCUAGUCCCAGCCACAGUGGCACCCCAGAAGGCAGUUACCUGACCUCCCGUGGCAGCCAUGGCUGUAGACUUCGGAGACCACGCCAGCGGCUUCCGCCAUAAUGAAGUCAUCCGCUUUGUCAACAACGAAGUCCUCAUGAAUGGCGGCGGACCAGACUUCUACAUGGCCUUCCGUUCGCGACCGUGGACGGAGGUAGAAGACCGGCUUCAAGCGGUCCUGGUGGACCCACAGGUACCACGAACCCUCAAGCGGGCCUGUGCCUGGAGCGCCCUGGCCCUGGGUGUGCGAGCUGCCGAGAGGCAGAGGGAACAGCAAGCACGAAGGUACCGGAGGCUGCAAGAUCGCUUUGAGGAGUGUGAAGCUGCAUCCUGGGCGCUGGCCGCCGACUUACAGAGGAUGCAAGAAGAGCGAGAUGCUGCUGUCGCCCAGUUGUAUUACACACAGACUGCCCUGCAGCAGACCCUGAGCGAGCGUAAUCUGUUGUAUCACCGGCUGAUCCAGAUUGAACAGGCCUCCCAGAUUGUCCAUCCAGUCUAUGAUAUACAGCCUGCCCUCAGAGCUGACCAGCCGUAUGGGACUGUAACAUGUCCCCUCACCAUAGAUCAGCAGACAGGGGUGAUGGCCAUGGGGGCAAAUGGCAGGUUGGUGAUUGAUACCCAGGUGCAACCUGCAACAACCAUCGUCUAUCUGCCUGGACCCCAAAAUCCAUGGGUUCAGACCAUACAGCAGCCUCUUCAGGUGCCGGUAACUUACCCAGUCUACCCACAAGUGGGGCUCCCAUUGUUGCCACCUUCUCAAUCUGCAGUACUGAUGGGAGCAGAAGCUGCUGCAGCCCCACUUCUACAAGUUCCCCUGCGGACUGGCCCUCCUUACCCAGGGUUUGCAAUGGACUCUCAGGUGGAAGACCACACUGGUAACAUCCAGGAAGCAGGUGCUGAGCUUGUGCAGCAGCCAGUUCCCCCUGAGAAUAAUGGAAGCUUCAACCAGGAAGAGCUGCUAGAAGUAGUGCAGGAGACAUCCUCUGAAGAUAACAGUGGGAGCUCCAGUCAGGAAGAAAAUUCAGCAGUGUCCCCUGAUAUGUACCACGUCGAGGACAAUGCAAAUCAGACCCGUAAAGAUCUAGGAAGCUUCCAUGGAGUUGUUUCAGGAGGGGACACUGAGAGCUGUACCCAGGAAGAAAUGUUCAAGGAGAUCCAAGAGAAAGCCCCCCUGGGGCACAAAAGGAGGCAAAUCCAGGAAGGUGUAGAAAGAUCUCAGGUUGAUGGAGGGAGCCAGAAUCAACAAGAAGGGCUAGAGCAGGUCCAGGGAAUGGCUCCCAUGGAGUUCAGAGCAAGUCGGGGGCAACAAAAAUCUGCGGAAGAGGCCCAGGCAAUGGCCUCCCUGAAAGGCGUCAGCACCUAUGGUAUACAAGAAAGCUCAGUGGAACAGCUGGCCCGUUUUCAGAUGGUCAGGCGCCUGAAUGGAAGGGAAGCCUCAGAGUCCCAGCCUGUUCUAGGACAUCAUCCAGCAAAUUGGGACUGUCCAUGGUGUAAUACCAACAAUUUUUCAGGGCGUACAUCGUGCUUUAAGUGCGAGAGGGGCUUUGUGCCUGCUGAGAGUAAAGAAUUCGAUCCAGGCAAAAGUCACUGAUUAAGUUGGUAAGUAUGAAUGGAAAC